GCUGACAACUCCGGUGCACGACAGACUCGAUACGGCCGUCGAUAUUAGUAAGUGUUUCCCCGUAGUGUUGCGUGUAUGCACACAAUCUCCGCCUUCACGAGAAGAUUUGAAGACAUUAGUGCAAGAAACAGACCAAGCUGAAAGCCGAGGCUCCAUCUUGAACCUGAAAUCAAGGAAUUUAUAAAGCUUGUUUCGUUUGAGCGAAAGAGGACUGGCACCUUUCUUUUUCUGUGGUGACGUCUAGAAACUCACACCCUUACCUUUGUGAGUGUGUGUAGCACUUGUUCAAUAGACUGCGAUGCACCGCUUAAGGACUUGUGCAGCACGGCUCCGGCCAAUCACGGCCUCACAGACUGCCAAAAACCUAUCACAGCAGAGGCCAGCGGCCACACCCAGGACGUUUCAGCAACUCAGGUGCUACACGGCACCGGUGGCCGCAGAGCCGUUUCUGAAUGGAACAAGUUCUAACUAUGUCGAGGAGAUGUACUAUGCGUGGUUGGAAAAUCCCAAGAGUGUACACAAGUCAUGGGACAUUUUCUUCAGGAAUGCCAACGCCGGUGCCCCACCAGGUACAGCCUAUCAGAGUCCUCCCCCACUGGGAGUGAGUCUGGCUGGACUCGCUCAGGCCCAGUCUCUGGUGGGGGCUCAACCAAAUGUGGAGAAGCUGGUUGAGGACCAUUUGGCGGUCCAGUCUCUCAUCAGAGCUUAUCAGAUACGUGGUCACCAUGUGGCACAGCUGGACCCACUUGGGAUUAUGGAUGCUGAUCUGGAUUCGUGCGUUCCCACUGACAUUAUUACGUCAUCGGAUAAACUUGGUUUCUACGGGCUGGAAGAGUCUGAUCUGGACAAAGUGUUCCGCUUGCCCACCACCACCUUUAUCGGGGGCAAGGAGAGCGCUCUUCCCCUCAGAGAGAUCAUCCGCCGGUUGGAGAUGGCUUAUUGCCAGCAUAUAGGUGUUGAGUUUAUGUUCAUCAAUGAUCUGGACCAGUGUCAGUGGAUCAGACAGAAGUUUGAGAAGCCAGGAGUCAUGCAGUUCAGCCUAGAGGAAAAGAGGACGCUGUUGGCCCGCAUGGUCCGCUCCACCAGGUUUGAGGAGUUCCUGCAGAGGAAAUGGUCGUCUGAAAAGCGUUUCGGUCUGGAGGGUUGUGAGAGUCUGAUCCCUGCCCUCAAAACCAUCAUCGACAAAUCCAGUGAGAACGGAGUAGACACGGUCAUCAUGGGCAUGCCUCACAGAGGCCGACUAAACGUGCUGGCCAACGUGAUCCGUAAGGAACUAGACCAGAUCUUCUGUCAGUUUGACUCGAAACUGGAAGCUGCCGAUGAGGGAUCAGGAGAUGUCAAAUACCACUUGGGGAUGUACCACAGGAGGAUAAAUCGUGUGACUGACAGGAACAUUACCCUCUCGCUGGUGGCCAACCCUUCCCAUCUUGAAGCAGUGAAUCCUGUGGUACAGGGGAAGACUAAAGCAGAUCAGUUCUACUGCGGAGACACUGAAGGCAAUCGGGUAAUGUCCAUUCUGCUGCAUGGUGACGCUGCAUUUGCAGGUCAGGGCAUCGUCUACGAAACCUUCCAUCUGAGCGAUCUGCCUUCCUACAGCACACAUGGCACUGUGCACGUGGUGGUCAACAACCAGAUUGGUUUCACAACAGAUCCCCGUAUGGCACGUUCCUCUCCGUACCCCACCGACGUCGCCCGUGUGGUCAACGCCCCCAUAUUCCACGUCAACGCCGAUGACACCGAAGCAGUCAUGUAUGUGUGUAAGGUGGCAGCGGAGUGGAGAGCAACCUUCCAUAAGGAUGUAGUGGUGGACUUGGUGUGUUACCGCCGUAAUGGCCACAACGAGAUGGACGAGCCAAUGUUCACACAGCCGCUGAUGUACAAACAAAUCAAGAAGCAGAAAGGAGUCUUACAGAAGUACGCUGAGAAGCUCAUCGCAGAAGGCGCCGUCACACGACAGGAGUAUGAGGAGGAAAUCGCGAAGUAUGAUAAAAUCUGUGAGGAAGCUCAUGUGCGUUCAAAAGAUGAGAAGAUUCUCCACAUCAAGCACUGGCUGGACUCCCCCUGGCCUGGUUUUUUCACUCUUGACGGACAGCCAAAGAGCAUGAGCUGCACAUCUACCGGCCUGUCAGAGGAAGAUCUCACCCACAUUGGACAAGUGGCGUCAUCAGUACCUGUGGAGGACUUCACUAUUCACGGAGGUUUAAGUCGUAUUUUAAAGGGUCGUGGUGACAUGAUCAAAAACAGGACCGUGGACUGGGCUCUGGGAGAGUACAUGGCCUUCGGCUCUCUGCUCAAAGAGGGCACCCAUGUGCGCCUUAGCGGGCAAGAUGUGGAGAGAGGAACCUUCAGUCACCGUCACCACGUCCUCCACGAUCAGAAUGUGGAUAAGAGGACUUGCAUCCCCAUGAACCAUGUCUCCCCUAACCAAGCCCCCUACACGGUCUGCAACAGCUCCCUGUCUGAAUAUGGAGUAUUAGGUUUUGAGUUGGGCUUUGCUAUGGCCAGUCCCAAUGCCCUGGUUCUAUGGGAGGCUCAGUUUGGAGAUUUCCAUAACACCGCUCAGUGUAUAAUAGACCAGUUCAUCUGUCCAGGACAGGCCAAAUGGGUUCGCCAGAACGGCAUUGUCUUACUGCUGCCACAUGGCAUGGAAGGCAUGGGUCCAGAACAUUCAUCUGCCCGACCAGAACGCUUCCUACAGAUGUGCAAUGAUGACCCUGACUUCAAUCCUAAAAUCACCGAUGACUUUGCCGUGCGUCAGCUGUACGACUGUAACUGGAUUGUUGUGAACUGUUCAACUCCUGCCAACUACUUCCAUGUGCUGAGGAGGCAGAUCCUUCUUCCCUUCAGGAAACCUCUCAUCAUCUUCACUCCUAAAUCUCUGCUGCGCCAUCCAGAGGCAAAAUCCAACUUCGAUCAGAUGCUACCAGGGACUCACUUUCAGCGUGUGAUCCCAGACGAUGGAGUUGCGACCGAAAACCCCUCAGAGGUGAAGCGCGUCAUUUUCUGCACAGGAAAGGUGUAUUACGAGCUUACACGAGAGCGCAAAGCACGCAACAUGGAGAACUCUGUGGCUAUCACUCGCAUCGAACAGCUCUCUCCUUUCCCCUUUGACCUGGUGAAAGCUGAGACUGAGAAAUAUCCCAACGCUGACCUGGUCUGGUGUCAAGAGGAGCAUAAAAACCAGGGUUACUACGACUACGUCAAGCCCCGCAUGCGCACCACCAUCGAACGUGCCAAGCCUGUCUGGUAUGCCGGUCGUGGUCCUGCUUCUGCCCCUGCCACUGGAAACAAGCGCACCUAUCUUUUGGAACUAAAGCGUUUUCUUGACACUGCCUUCAACCUGGACGCCUUCAAUGACCACAUCUAAAUCUGUCCACCCAUCAACAAAGAAGACUAAAACUUUCAUCAACCAAAUAUACCAGACCAUUUUUUACCCAUAGAGAGUAGAGAAUGAGCAGGUUAUCCAUUGUGUUCCAUUCUAAACAUACACAUUUCCCUGCAUGCAUCUGCAGUUUACAUUUAACAGGCCGUUGUUCGUUUCAAGCUGGUUUUGUCGACGUUGCCCAGAUAAACAAGACCAAGAAUGAUUAAACUACUCCUGUUUAAAUAGGAUAGUUCUCCCAGAUGUUAAAGGUUUGUCAUUGUUUAUUUGAUUGUUUAUUCUGCUUAACCUGAUUGAUUGAUUUACUUUCUUACUAGAAACGGAAAAUGGCCUGUUUACCAGAACAUCCAAGCUUCGUUAUAUUGACUUGUAUUCUGUGGAAAAGAGCACCUUGGACAUUCUGUCAACUCAUGUUGUGUUUUCAGCAAGAUGAUGAUAAUCAUACAGGUUUGGAACAACAUGAGAUGAGUAAACAAAUAACAAAUCAUUUUGGGGAAACUAUCGCUUUAAGAACGCAUAACAGCACAUGUGUUGAUUUUAAAAGACUUGCAACAUUCUUUGGACAUUUUUGCAAUGUAAUUUGCAAUCAUUUUCAAUGUCUAUUUUCAACCAAAGCACAGCCUCAGUCUGGUUCAUAAGAACUUUCUCUCAACUCUCCUGUCUUCGCUGUAAGGCUUUUUAAUGCUUUCUGAGUUCAAGUGCUCAGUUCUCAACAUCUCUUUGGCUUUAAUUUGUAUGUUUGUGUUUUUCUUUUGUUUUCCUUGUUUAUGUACUGACAAUUGCGGGCUAAAUUUAGAAUAAGGGAAGAUGUUGGCACAUACAUUUGCAGGGUCUCUUUAGUGAGAAAGAUUGCAAAGAAAGUGGCUAAAAUGACACUUUAUCUGUAUCGUUGCACUGUUUUCUGACGUUUUCUAAGUUUAAAACAGUUCUCAGAAGGGGACGUUGCAGUCUUGUGAGUGUAUUUAUGUAAAAGGCUUGAUAUCAAAAGGAGGACGGUGUGGAUAAUUGUUGGCGGCACCUUUUCUUAUGUGCCUCUGGUGUGGUGGUUUCGUCUCUGAUCCAUUAUCAUUUAUUUGAAGAUUGCAUUGUAUAUUCUGCACACUCGGCGACUGUAGCUUGAUGCAGAUGUCAAAAUUUCCCAUAAUUCUAAUCUUGCCAUCUGAUACCUUGUGCCAUAAAGCCCAACUCAGCUGCAGGAAGACAUUAUAAUGGCUUGCGAGACAAUACGAGAAAUGUACCUGUUUGUGGUCACUCUUUUAAAUAGAAUCAAGAGAUCAAAUCCUAUUGGUUCUUUUCAAGAGAAAGCAAAUUAUUUUAUUUAUUUUUGUUUUCAAGAAUUAAGAUUAUGUCCUUGUAACGGUUUAGCUUCAUACAAUAAACUCAUUAUCUUCUGAA